UAACUGCUACCACAGUCUCUUUGUUCCACCUCCCAUCUCUCAGAAUCAGUUCGUACCAGAGGGAGAGAAUAAAACCCUAAAACCUUCUUUUUCUUCUUCGUCUUCAUUGUUCAUGUCCAAUCCCUAAAAACCUCAAUCCCUCUCCCUCUCACACACCUUCAUUCCCCAAACACACAAAUCGCCACUAUUUAGAAUCGAUAAUGAAGUUCGAGAUAGAGGACGUGACCGUGUACUUCCCCUAUGACAACAUCUACCCGGAGCAGUACUCGUACAUGGUGGAGCUCAAGCGCGCCCUCGACGCUAAGGGUCACUGUCUCCUCGAGAUGCCCACCGGCACCGGCAAAACCAUUGCGCUCCUCUCCCUCAUCACCAGCUACGUCCUCUCCAAGCCCAAUUCCCCGCUUAAGCUCAUCUACUGCACGCGCACAGUCCACGAGAUGGAGAAGACGCUCGCCGAGCUUCGCCUCCUCCACGACUACCAGCUCCAGCACCUCGGUCCUGCCGCUCGGAUCCUCGCCCUCGGGCUGUCCUCCCGGAAGAAUCUCUGCGUCAAUUCAAGAGUUCUUGCGGCGGAGAAUCGCGACUCCGUGGAUGCUGGCUGCCGGAAGCUGACCGCCUCUUGGGUCCGCGCGCUCGCCGCCGAGAACCCCUCUGUGCCGUCUUGUGAGUUCUUCGAGCAGUAUGAGAGGGCGGGGUCGUCCGCAGUUCUGCCUCCCGGGGUUUACACUCUGCAGGAUCUGAGAGUGUUUGGGAAGGAGAAGGGGUGGUGUCCAUACUAUUUGGCACGCCAUAUGGUGCAGUUUGCUAAUGUGGUUGUGUAUAGCUAUCAAUAUUUGCUUGAUCCAAAGGUGGCUAGCAUAAUAUCUAAGGAAAUGCAGAAAGAGUCUGUUGUUGUGUUUGAUGAAGCUCAUAAUAUCGAUAAUGUCUGUAUUGAAGCACUUAGUGUGAGUGUGAGGAGGCAAACUAUUGAAGGUGCCAGAAGAAACCUUACUAGGAUGCGUCAGGAAAUUGACAAGUUCAAGGCCACUGAUGCAGGUAGACUCCGUGCUGAAUACAACAGGCUUGUUGAAGGUUUGGCACUAAGAGGAGACUUGCCUGCUACUGAUGCUUGGCUUGCAAAUCCAGCCUUGCCUGAUGAUAUAUUAAAAGAGGCUGUGCCUGGAAAUAUUCGCCGUGCUGAGCAUUUUAUUCAUGUUUUACGUAGAUUAGUUCAAUAUCUUGAAGGACGUUUAGACACUGAAAAUGUGGAGAAGGAGAGCCCUGUUAGUUUUGUUGUCUCUAUUCUUAACCAUGCUGGAAUUGACCAAAAAUCUCUAAAGUUCUGUUAUGACCGCCUUCAUUCAUUGAUGAUGACAUUGGAAAUUACAGACACUGACGAGUUCCUUCAUAUCCAAACUAUAUGCGAUUUUGCCACCCUUGUGGGAACAUAUGCUCGUGGUUUUUCUAUUAUAAUUGAACCUUUCGAUGAACGAAUGCCACACAUUCCUGAUCCUGUAUUACAGCUUUGUUGCCAUGAUGCUUCUCUUGCCAUCAAACCAGUUUUUGAGCGAUUUCAGUCUGUUGUGAUUACAUCUGGUACACUAAGCCCCAUAGAUCUGUACCCUCGUCUUCUGAAUUUUAAUCCUGUUGUCAGUCGAAGUUUUACUAUGUCCUUAACAAGAGAUUGCAUAUGUCCAAUGGUGCUAACACGGGGCAGUGAUCAGCUUCCAGUCAGUACAAAAUUUGAUAUGAGAAGUGAUCUGGGUGUAGUAAGGAAUUAUGGAAGGCUCUUAUUGGAAAUGUCUUCUGUUGUUCCUGAUGGGAUUGUAUGCUUUUUUGUUAGUUACUCUUAUAUGGACGGGAUAGUGAAUACCUGGAAUGAGAAUGGAAUUUUAAAGGAAAUAAUGCAACAUAAACUUGUCUUUAUUGAGACUCAGGAUGUGGUAGAGACUACAUUAGCUCUUGAUAACUACCGCAAGGCUUGUGAUUGUGGACGAGGUGCUAUAUUUUUUUCUGUAGCUAGGGGGAAGGUUGCAGAAGGUAUAGAUUUUGAUCGACAUUAUGGUCGACUAGUAAUCAUGUUUGGUGUUCCUUUUCAAUACACAUUAAGCAAGAUUUUGCUAGCACGCCUGGAAUAUCUGCGAGAUACUUUUCAAAUUAAGGAAGGAGAUUUUCUGACUUUUGAUGCAUUGAGACAAGCUGCUCAGUGUGUAGGUCGUGUAAUCCGUUCAAAGGCUGAUUAUGGAAUGAUGAUUUUCGCAGACAAAAGGUAUAGCCGUCAUGACAAACGAUCAAAAUUGCCUAGUUGGAUUCUCUCUCAUUUACACGAUGCCCACCUGAACUUGAGCACAGACAUGGCUUUGCAUAUAGCACGUGAGUUCCUCAGGAAAAUGGCUCAGCCAUAUGAUAAAACUGGUGGCACCGGCAGGAAAACCUUGUUGUCCCAGGAAGACUUGCAGAAAAUGGUUAUCAGUGGCAUAGAUGAUAUGAUGUUCUGAGGCAUCAUCACUCUGCUUGUCCUUACUAUUUUUGGAGCUGGUUAUUAAUUCCACAUGUACUUCUCAUCUUCACAGAUAUAAAAGAAGUGCAAUUUUGAUGUGAAUGGUUAGUUUCUUGGAGCAAUCCAUAAUGAUGUUUUUUGUAGUACUUAAUCAUGUUUAGGCUUGCAGUGAGACCUUUUGCAUACUUAUCAUGGGUUCCAUUAUUUAACCUAUUUAUCAUUCUAGUUUUUUAUACUUUUGA